AUCAGAGUGUAUCUGCCGGGGAAUGAAUAAAGCAGCAAUGCGUAAACAAGCGCUGGAAACUCCUCCGCCCCUUCCUUCUAUCAUCUUUACAGAAGCUAGUUCCGUAUUCUGUACUACUUUGCCACACAUCAUCCACUCGCCGUUACCAGCAUAAGGUUACCAAAUCGUGAAUUUACAUCUAAUUCUCACGACCAUGGCUCCGUGAGAACUGGAAGGUAGGCGAAGGGAUGCGGUUUUAUUACAAGUAGCCGCCGAGCAGCAGAUGCGAUUGCGUAUCAUUUUCACAAGUUCCUUGUGACCAUCCGUGUUAGAAGUUAAAAUGAAGUACCCUCUGUGCUGCAUGGACGUGAAUGCGUUUUCCACGAGGUGAAGACAGGCUUGAAAUGAAGCGGACGCAAGGGGAAGCCAAGAAGCGCGGGGCUGUGCAGACGCUUCUGUGAACCCAGUCCCACGCCCCCCCACACACACCCCCCUCCCCCCCUCCCUCCCCCCACACGCCCACCGUCACCCCAUUCCUCCGUUCCGCCUGCCCUUCCCCUCCCCAUCUUCCCCUCUUCUGCCGUGGCUGAAAAUGGCUGCACAGAGGAAGCACCUGGUCAAAGAUUUUAACCAUUUCAUCACCUGCUAUGUGUGCAAGGGAUACCUGAUCAAGCCUACCACAGUGACAGAGUGCCUCCAUACUUUUUGUAAAAGCUGCAUCGUCCAACACUUUGAAGACAGCAACGACUGUCCCAAAUGCGGAAUCCAAGUCCAUGAAACAAACCCUCUAGAAAUGUUGCGGUUGGAUAACACCUUGGAAGAAAUCAUUUUCAAGCUUGUGCCUGGACUUAGAGAAAAGGAGGAACAACAGGAGAUCGAGUUCUGGAAGAAGAACAAGUCAAAAGACAAUGGUGAAGAGGAUGGCCCCAGAUCCAAGAAGCCCAGGAUGGAUGAUGAAGAUGAGGAAGGUGGAGACCAGGACUACCACAGGAGCGACCCCCAGAUAGCCAUCUGUCUGGACUGCCUCCGUAACAACGGGCAGAUGGGGGAGAACAUAGUGAAGGGCUUAAUGAAGAAAUUUAUACGCUGCUCGACUCGGGUGACCGUCGGAACCAUCAAGAAGUUUCUUAGUUUGAAGUUAAAGCUUCCAAGUUCUUACGAGCUGGAUGUUCUAUGCAAUGGGGAAAUCAUGGGGAAGGACCACACCAUGGAAUUCAUCUACAUGACCAGGUGGAGACUUCGGGGUGAAAACGCUUAUCCCAUGGUGCUGGAGUAUCGGCCACGGAUCGACUUUGGUUAAAUGUGGAGAGGCCCAGGCAGAACGUACCUGCUGUAACUCCAACCCAUCGACAGAUCGCACAAUGAAUGGACCUGCCUGGUAUAGGGUGGAACAAACUCUUUCUUCCAGUUCUCUUCAGAUCCACGUCCGCAUGCAGUCACAACUCCCUUUUGGCCUUAUCUUCAUUUUUAUUUGUGUUCUUUAGUAGUCAUGCAUUUCUUCUCUCUCUCUCACUGUCUGUCUUUCAGUUUCUUUCUGUCUUUCUCUAUCUCUCUCUCUCUCUCUCUGACUUUCAGUUUCUCUCUCUCUCUCUCUCUCUCUGCCAUCCCACACACACACAGUAGUUGUCUGAGGACAUCCUUUCAGCAGUGACAGUUCUUUUUAAGUGUGGUGACUGCAUCCUGUGAGUUCACAACAUCCCUUGCUGAUCCAAAGGGAGAGAGACUUCCAUCUCACAAAACAGGUUGACGCUGGGUUGACACAUCACCUUCGGCUGAGUUUUUUUUCCCGUAGUGUGAUCCACACUGCAGAAACUGGGGACGGAGGACUCCGAAGGUAACGACUCAGAAUCUGUCCUUGUUUGUUAGGGAUAUUGUUGAGUUUGUAGUGCUUCAGAUCCUUGAGAUUAAUUUCUUUCACAACUUGUGAGAGUAUGAUAGAUUUGGUUCCUCAUGAAAUUGACUCUUAAUGGUACAGUAGUGCGCAAGGUUUAAUGAUUGCACUCUUAACCACUACUUUAAUCACUUUUCCUGUAAGAUAUUUUAUAAUGACGACAAGUGCAGGUGUUCUGCAGCCAUACGUUGCAUAAAACCUGCAUGAGAAUUGAGACUAUGUUUCAGAUUAACGGUAAAAGGGUAUUUUAAAGGUAUAAAACUGGGAAUACAGAAGACACGUGUUUCUGUAAUUAUAUCUACGUCCAAAGGAAAAUGCGCAUUUAUUAUUACCAAUAGAAAAACUCUGACUCACCCCAAUCACUGGAACAGUGAACAGUCCUACCCAAGGAAAAGGGACCAGUAACAUUAGACCUGUACAGGCUGAACAAAAUCAAGACUGAAUCAAUCAAUGUUCAUUUAAACACUUUGUGGUAGAAUCUAAUAACAAUCUCUUAGUGGAGGCCUUUCCCAGCAUGCCUCUGAAGUGCAAUGCUGCACGUGAUUGGAUGAUUGAGCAGUGCCACGGGCUUUACUUGCAGCUUCAUCCCCCUCUACUGCCCCAUCUGUUAGACACUGUAGAUAACUGAAAAAGUAUUGCACCAAUUGCACACAUAGCAUGUCAUUGGUACGUUUUGCCUCAAAAGAAGGGUAAGAGGAGCUUGGUGGGACAUGGGUGACCAGUUGUGUCUGUUUGUAACACCUCUUUUGUACAUGAUUUAAUUUUUAUAUGUUAUUGUAGUCAUACUCAAUGCAAUGGAAGUCAAGUAAGCAACACUGAAGUAAGUUUGUUUUUUAAGAAAAAGAAAAAAAAAACCAAAACAAAAAAAACAAAAAAAACAAGGAAGCUGUCCCAAAUGUUGGCAAUGGCUAAUUCCCUGUACAUGUACGUUUACCCAACUGGGACUUAAAGGUUUACUUGUAGGUGCUGGAGAUUUGUACAGACUUUCUGUUUGGUUCUGCUCUUGUGACGAUCCAGCUAGCCCCUCCUCGAGCUCAAAGUGCCGUAUUGACGCUGGUGCCAUGGCUGGCCCCUCUCUGACUCACAGUGGUUCCCCUCAGUACCUCUCAGCCCCGUCUGUUUAGCGUGAUGGCGAAGGAUCAACGGACGCCGCAACGCUCGCGCGGUAUUUUUAUUCUGCCCAAUGCCGCGUGAGUCAUCCAGCUCGGCCUCUUCCGCGAGACGUGUUUUAGUCAUGGCAUGACCGGGAAGAGGCCCGUCUUCCUUUUCCGAUUGGCGGCGUAGGGGAGGGGCGGAGUUACCGGAGGGCUCGCGUCCGCCGCCGAAUGCACCUCCGGCAGAAAAAAAUGCCUCCCAGGUAAACCUGCCACGCCACAAAGUCGUGGCUCCGACCGUCUCAGACCGUUGCCUAAAUACAGAAACUCUGCACUGAUGGUAAUUAUGCAUUUCUGAUGGCUUGACUCACUCUCUGGCAAGGACGAGCGAGAGCGUUCUAGAGAGCAGCUCUGCCCUGCUCCCCGGCCAGACUGCAAUAUGAUUACCCAGGCGGCUUCUCCUGACAAUCUCUUGAACUGGUAAUAGCUUUUUUGGCACUAGGCGGAGGAAUAUUGAUGGGUUUUAGUCAGAUGGAUCUGAAUGUGAAACUCUUUGUUUCGUGGACAGUGUGUACGCCUUGGCAUCUGAGAACGUAGACUGUGAGGGUGACCUACAUUUGCGUGGAUUUCAUCAGAUGCCUGUUAUUAAUUAACCUCAUCUCUCUCUUGAAAGCGUUUUUUUAAAGCGAUACCCCUGUUUUCUUCCCCCCGCUGUGAUUGUGUAGCUGCGAAAGGGUUCGCUAUUUUAUUUUAAAUAUAUUCAUAUCAGUGCAUAAUUAUAAUGACUGUAAAAUAUGCCCAGUGAACUAUGGGUAAAUACAUUAUUUAAGAUUUAUAGAUGAAUCCGAGAUCAUAAGUAAGUUGAUUUUUAAAGUGGCUACGUAUGAAGGGAAUUUGCAGGGUAAGGUGCAGCAGAGAGUUAUGUUUACCUGCGGGAUCAGGAUUUUGCAGAGCCGUUGCCAUGCUUCUGUGGCUGUCCUUAAUUAAAGGCACAGAAUUAGGACGCGUUUUUUCAUCGUGUUUUCUUUCAGCGGGGGGACAAACAGACACCAUGUUAAUCUCGAAUCACCACCUUAAAAUGCUCCAGCAUUCUGUGGUAGGACAAAGAUUAUAAGGAAGAGAGCAGAAAGAGCCAGUGAUUGAGGGCAGGUUAAAAAAAAGAGUCCUUUCUGAAGGCUGCAUUUGCUUACAAAUGCUGUUUCCAUUUUAGAAUUUUAUCUGAACUACUUGAUCCAUUCGUGGGGAGGACAAAUAUAUUUCUCAUCUUCCAUGUGCCGACUCUGGACUUCGGCUGAACGUUUGAAAGCAAAUACACAGGUCCUUUGCUAAGUGUGAGCGCAUGCACGUCGACAAUGACUGCGGCCCAAAUGCACCUGCGGCAAUGGUUCAGUUGACGGCAAUUUCAGGGGGAUGUAAUGAACUGGCUUGUACAGACGUCUUUACAAAUCUCCAGUCCUACAGCUGUCCACGUGCUACUUAGAAAGUGCAUCUUCAUUUCGCAUUACUCUUGUCACUCAUUCCUUUCCAACCGAGCCUAAGAAACUGUAUGUCAGCUUCUUACAGUCUUUCCACACUUGUACUUUUACUUGUUUAAGGUGUCUUUGAAUAGUGUUUAUAAAAACUACUCUGAAACCCCAUGGUGGUUUAAUUGUUAGCUGAGGAAAAAAAAAUGUUUAGACUGAAUAAUCCUUGAAAUGUCCUUGUGCUGCGUUAAACAAUAUGAUGUAUUUUUGUAAAGAGAAGCACUUGUAGAUAUUUUAUCUUUAAAUUAAACCGUACGUGUAUGUUUUUCAAACAUAAAUGCUGCUUAGAAUAAUCUAUUCUAUUUUUCAAUGUAAAUGUGCCUGAACUGCAUUCCUAUAGAGAUUAGAAAUGUAUAUAUGCAAGAGUUGUUCUAUAUGUGACUUGACAUUAUUAAAAAAGGAGGAAAAGCCUCAUUCGA